AUGGCCGCCGCCGCGGGCGAGACCCGCGGCUGCGGCUGCCACAUUGUGGCGGUGCCGUUCCCGGGCCGCGGCCACGUCAACGCCAUGAUGAACCUGAGUCGCUUCCUCGCCGCCCGGGGCGCGGCGGUCACCUUCGUCGUCACCGAGGAGUGGCUCGGCCUUAUCCGCUCCUCCUCCACCGCCGCCGCCGAGCCGGCCGGCAUCCGCAUCCGCACCAUCCCCAACGUCAUCCCUUCCGAGCACGGCCGCGCCGCCAACCACUCGGGCUUCCUCGACGCCGUCGCCACAGAGAUGGAGGCGCCCUUCGAGCGCCUUCUCGACGGGCUCGAGGGCCCGCCGCCCGCGGUGCUCGUGGCGGACGCCUACGUUCCCUGGGUCGUCGGCGUCGGCAACCGGAGGGGCGUCCCCGUCUGGUCGCUCUUCCCCAUGUCCGCCGCCUUUUUCUAUGCCUACUACCACUUCGACCGCCUCCCGGCCUGGCUUACCGACUAUGAGCACGCGCCGGACUCCGGUGAGACUAUAGGUAACUCUGAUCAGAGACUUGGGCACUAUAUCACUGGACACGCUUCAAGUUCAAUAAGGUUGUCAGAUCUUGAGCCCUUAAUUCACGACAAGAGAAAAGUGAAGCAUAUCCUAGCAGCCAUCUCUAGCGUUAGAAAUGCUCAGUGUCUCCUUUUCACCACCAUGUAUGAGCUUGAGGCCAGUGUCAUCCACUCGAUAAGGUCAGCACUCUCUUGUCCAGUGUACCCAAUCGGCCCCUGCAUUCCCUACAUGGCGCUUGAAGACCAGCAUACCAUGUCCAACGGCGAAGUUGCCAGCCAAGGAGACUAUUUCACCUGGUUGGAUUCUCAACCUGUGAACUCAGUUUUGUACGUCUCCCUUGGCAGCUUUGUCUCAGUCUCAGCCUCUCAGCUUGAAGAGAUCGCAUUGGGCCUAGUAGCCAGUGAGGUCAAGUUCUUGUGGAUUCUUCGUGAACAAUCCCCUCGGGUGCAAGAACUCUUCGCUGGCAUCAAUAAUGGGAUGAUACUGCCAUGGUGUGAGCAGCUUAAGGUUUUGUGCCAUCGUUCAGUUGGGGGCUUCUUGACCCAUUGCGGGAUGAACUCGACACUUGAAGGCGUCUUUGCUGGUGUGCCUAUGCUUGCCUUACCACUGUUUUUUGAUCAACCGAUUGAUGGACGAUUAAUUGUGGAAGAUUGGAAGGUUGGCCUGAACUUUAGGGAUUGGGCUAGCAAGGAUGGUCUGAUCGGGAGAGAGGAUAUUGCACGGGCUGUGAAGAAGCUGAUGUCUUCUGAUGAAACUGAGACAAAGGCGCUGAGGAAACGUGCUCUCGAGUUGAAGGAGGCUUCUCGCAGAGCAGUCCACAAGGGUGGAUCUUCGUACUGCAAUCUGAGUUCAUUGAUGGAGACGCUUAAGAUUUUGAUUCUGAAGACUUGCCUGGGUAGUCUGCACUCGCCAUUAACCGGCGGCCGUGCCCAUGGCCACAUCAACCACAUGCUGAACCUGUGCCGUGGACACCAGGAUAGUGGCUCCUUGUGGAGAUGGUGGGUGUGGAAGGCCGCGGCUGUCGUGGCCGAUAACAGCACUGUGGCCUGUGGGCGGUGCCGAAUCGCCGAUGGCGUUGAGGCUGCGUGUGGCUGCGUGCUCCUUUUGCCUUUUGCGUGUGGCCACCCACUUCGCCGUCUUCUUCCAUUUUCAGAGCCUCGCAUCCGCACACCGCGCCACAGAUCUGUCGCGACAGAGUUUCAAAUGAAGAAUAUCAUUUUUCACAAGACCAUCUUUGCCAAUCAUUUCUGUUAA